GUACUAUGGGUAAUGAGAUGGGAAACUCAAAUGCAACAGGUCUGCAAGGUAUGUUUCUCUAUUGGCUUUUAUACUGAUUAGCAUCUAGUUGUGUGUGGUUACUUAUUUUAUGUUCUAAAUGUUCAGCAACGGAGCAGGACAGUACUGAAGCUAUGAACGAAUCUUCAAACUCUUUGGCUAUGUCGAAUAGUGUUGAUGGCCUGAAAGGGGAAACUGAUGGUCUUGCAGAUGGUAAGCAAGUAAGUUUCUAUUGCAUUUGAGAGUAAUUAGCUUUGAUGCCUUAAAUGUUGAUUAAUUCUGGUUCUGCGUAUCUUUUCUUUUAAGCUACUGAACAACAUGAUUCUGAGGAUGCCACAGCUGGCAAAACUCCAAAAGCUUUGAUCAUGUCAAAUAAUGUCGACGAGGAUUCGAAGAGUGAGAAAGAAUCAAACUUUUCAGUAGAAUUUGACAACUUACAUGAAAGCAUGCGGCGUUGGCUUUUGAUGACCCAUCAGCAACAGAUGAUGAUCUGAUUCGGAAGCAGACGUCUGAGGAAGAGAGGAACAACAGAUCAAGUCAUCACUUGACACUUUGUCUAGAAAUGGAGAAACAUUAACAGUCCCAUCAGUAGAUCUAAAGAACAAUGAACCCACCAGUAUGACUUGUAAUGAAUCCGUUUGCUGAAGUCAUAAUGGAACAGAGGGUUAGCAAUGAGGACAGUGCAGGAUCUGAUGGAAGAAGGUGUGAUGACUUGGGAAAUGGGAAGGGGAGAAAGAAUGAACAAAGUCACUGUCACCAAUUCCGACCCAAUAUAGAUAAUACUAUGAAAGAAAAUCCAGCAGUUGAGAGUGGAUCUUGUGGAGAGGGAGUUUUGAUGAACAGUAAUGUAGUUGAACAAAAAAAUGAAGAAAAUGGAGGGCAAACAACUUCCUGAAUUUGAUAUGGUAGCAAAUGAAUCCUCACCAGUGCAACAGAAAAAUAGUUCGUCAAAUGAAUCCAUCAACAGUGUUUAUUUGGAUGCUGUUGAUUCUGAAAUUAAAAGUUUGAUUAUAGAAGAUCCAGAAGAGGUUGAAAAUCACCUGAGAUAAACCCAGAUAAGAAUGACAUGGGCGUAAAUCUGACUGACAGUGAUGAUUAUAAAGGGACAUUAGAAAAAGAAACAAUGAAGGAUGAUAUCAGAUGUGAGAGUAUUGCUUCCCAACUUAGAGUCAUAGAUCCCAGCCAAGAAGAAAAGCAGGAAAGCAAGGAUGGUGGGUCGGAAGAUUCGGUGAUAGAGCAGACAGCUCAAAAUGAUGAGACAAAGAACAUUAAGAGCACACAAGAAAAGCAACAAGAUUACGCAUCAAGUUUGAUGUCUGAGGAGCAAAAUAAACAUUCAGAAGGAGAGAUGAAGAUAGUGGAAACAGGAAUUACUGUUUUGGUUGUAGAUAAUUCAAUCACAGAUAACAAACAUGAAGAAAUAUGGAACACAGCAAUGGGGGAUCAUGCAAGGAAAACAAGCUUGAGGACAACAAAAUCCAUGAGAAAGGACUUUCUGAAUUAUCCUCAUCUUUGUCAGAUCCUGUUGCAACUUUGAGUAAAGAGAUGGCGAUCGAAUCAGAAGAUUUAAAUGAAACACAAAAAAGUGAAGAAGAGAUAACUAUCAAAUGCGAAGAUUCGGAUGAUGAAGCCAAUAUGUUAAAAGACAAUGACAUCAAUGGGAAAAGAUUUUUCAUAUUGUCCUCAAAUUUGUUGGAUCCUGUUGACACAGCUAGUAAAGAAAUGAUGAAGGAAACAGAAACAAGAAAAACUGCAGGAGAAAAAAGUGAACUUCUUGUGGAUGAUCAAAACAAAGAUGUUCCAGAUGCAACCAUGUCUGAGGAGGAACAUGUAUAUGAGAUAAAUUUAGUAGAAACAGGAGCACCACCUGCACCUCUAAUAGAACCAUCUGAUAUGAAAAAAAACUUUAUCCCGCCACAUCCUGUUUCUCCAGACUGCUUUCAAGAAAUUGAAUACCAACAAACUACAGAGGAAUCUGAAAAAGAUAUUAAGAUUGACUCCUUGAACAACGUUAGUGAAUGCCUCGACGUCUGUUCAGGGGCUCCCAAAUCAAACUGAUAAAACUACUGACACGGUAUUUAAGCCAGAAAAUAAGGACCAAAUUCCAUGCGAGAUAAAUUCAUCCCCGAGCCAGAUGAGGACUCAAGCAAAUGAAGUUUCAAAAUUUGAAAACAGUGAAUCAGUUGUGAAUUUGGCAAUGCAAUCUAGGAAAGAGGAACAGGAAUGCAAUUCAGUGAGCCAUGCUGCUGUCCAUGUUUCAACUCUUGAUCUCAAAGUACUAGAAAGCAGUGGGAGAUUUGGCACAGAAUCAAAUGAAGAAAAGCUCAAUGGAUGGACUGAUGAAACUACAGAAGCCGGCUACUGUCCUGAAAAAUCAAUUGUAGAAAGUGAAAUUUCAGCACCACAGUCACACAAAGGAGGCGGUGAGGAAAUCCCACUACAUCCUCCAGCAGAAAGCGCAAAGUGUCUCACCGAUUUAUAUGAAGCCCCGGGGAACUCUGCAAAUAACAUCAGCGAACUAGGAGUCAGGACUGAAGUAUCUAAGCAAAAUUGUUUUCCAUAUACUGAUAAGACUGCUGCAGGUGUUAUUUUGGGGUCUGAAAGAAGUGUUACUGAAACUGAUGGGAACAUGACAAGAUACCAAACCACUGCAAGUCAAGAACUUAUCAGCAGGAUUGGAGCAGGAACUGAAGUUUCAAUACUUGAAGCCAGCAGUGAAGAAUCUGAUAAGAGCCUGCUUCUAUUCCAUAAAAAGCCCAUGGAGUGCGAACUUCCAACAUUGGAAAGAAGUGACUCCGGGAAGCUGAAAACACCACUUCUCAACCUCAUGAAAGAAGAAGCCUGUGUUGUGAAGUCGCUGGAGAAAAAAGUAGUAGUCCUGAAAAGGAUGUAGAUGAAGUAUGGCAAUCUCCUGCUAAGAAAUUUGAGGCUACAUCUCCCAGAGGGAGAGGGAAGCACAAGCCUAGAACAUCCCUUUUCAGCAACUGCAUGUGCUGCACAACAGCAAUAAAUUAAAGCUAUUUUUAUUUUCCUUUAUCAUUCUUUCCUAUCUGUUCGUUUGAGUUACAGUUUUUGGAUUUAUUGAGUGGAUGUGAAGAGGAUGUAAUAAGAUCUGAAUUGCUUGGGUUUCACAAAUAAAGGAAUCUGGCGAGAAUUUGGAGAGAUCUCGUAGAAGUUAACUUUGGCUGCAAUACCUUUGUCAUUGUUUCUUUUUUUUUCUAAGUUUUGUAAACAUUUUAUUUUAUGAUGUAUGUGUGUAAGACUUUUACUUUGAGGUUUAUAAUCUUAUGAAAGAUUAAAUGAACCGACUUCUUUGAUGCUAUAUCAUAAUCUGGUUAAGUCUGAAUCAGUUGUACCUGUAGAAUUUUUCCAUUUACAAAGGUAUAUGAUGCUUGGCAAAAGAUUGUAGUUUAAUAGUAUCACCGCACAAGGAUAGACCUACCAUUAAUUUGUUUGAGCAAGCUAGACCUUUUUGAUUUAAAAGA